UUUAAUUUUUUAAUUUUCCUGAUGUCUAAGAAGACAUAAACAGCAUAUAGACUAUACAUAUGUUUACUAUGUAACCUUGGUGUAUUAAUACGUCUUAGGGUUGUGCAUAGCAUUUGCCGGUUAUACAUUGUUUAUUUAUAUUCUACCAAAUGUUGUGAAAAAGUUAAAUUUCAAUGCUUGACCAAUCAAAGAGCGCACAAAAAGCCUUGUGAUUUAGUUAUAAUGUGCGCAAACAAUCAUUUUUCCCCAACAACAACAACCGAAGGAUCAACAAUGCUGUGCUCUGAGGGCCGCCUUAGCCUAUACUGUUUUUUAGCUACAGCAGGUUUGGUGCUGUUGCCAUCGGCGCCACAAAUAUACUAUGAAGUUGUGCCAAACAUUUGGGGUGCCAUCCUGUGGGGACCAGUACUGUACUAUGCACUGAUCAACAUGGUCAUACGCUUUGUACUUAGAAACAACGAUUAUCAGGUUGCCAUACGAUCCUCAUUUUUGGGUUUUGUACAGGCAGUAAGCAUACUGGUCAUUUGCUUUGCCCGCACGCCAUGGCAGCAAUUCGGCGUUUACGGAUGCUUCAUGUCGUACUUUCAUUACUCUGAGUUUUUGGUGAUUGCGUGGGCCAAUCCGCGUACAUUAUCUCUUGACUCUUUCAUGCUUAACCAUUCGAUUCACUAUGGUCUGGCAGCCGCGGCUAGCUGGCUUGAGUUUCUGCUGGAACUGUACUUUCUGCCCGAGUUCAAGCGUUACGGCUACAUUUGGCUGGUGGGCGUGCUGCUCUGCACUUGUGGCGAAGUUAUACGUAAGGUGGCCAUUAUCACAGCGGGACGCAGCUUUACCCAUUUGGUGCAGGAUGAAAAGCACGCGGAGCAUAAGCUAAUUACCCAUGGUGUAUACGCCUACAGUCGACAUCCGUCUUACGUCGGUUGGUUCUACUGGUCCAUUGGGACACAGAUUAUAUUAAUGAAUCCAAUAUGUAUUUGUAUUUACACACUUGUCAGUUGGCUCUUCUUCCAUGAUCGCAUUUAUGUUGAAGAAUAUUCGCUGCUCAACUUCUUUCAGUCUGAUUAUGUGCGAUAUCAAAAGCGAGUGCCAACAGGUCUGCCUUUUAUUCAGGGCUAUCUGCUUGAAUAAGCACUAAACAUUUUGACUUUUUCUAUGGUUGCAACAGUAAUAAACUUAAGAUUUAUAUCUACUAACAUGUCACAAUGUGCACUAAUUUAUAAAAGCAGAGUCGAGCACGGUUACUAGCUAAUUAUAGAUUAACAUUCUAAGGGUCAUUUGUAGGUCAUUAAAGC